UGACGUAGAGAGCCUGCAAGUAUUACUUUAGUUGUAAACUUUACAAGAUGGCGUCGCAGCUUGGCAAUAACAACAGAGGUGGUCGCCAGCUAAGCUGAUGUUGGGAAGUGUUGGAGUGUCCUCAUGAGGGGUGAUGGACCACGAGGACAAGCUAGAGUUCUUUCCAAAUGGCGUCAGUGGACCCUGUAGCCGAUGUGGAAAGUUUUCUCCUGGUCCUGAACACCUUCUGUACUGCAGUCAGUGUCAAGGACUGGUGCACAUUGAAUGCUUAAAUUCAAAACCUCGAUGUCUUCUAGUUGGUGAUAAUUUCUACACACUCACAUGUCUCAAGUGUAGUAGCAACAAAGAAGAUUUUGUGGUUCGUCCCAAAUUUCUUAGCAGACUUCAGGCUCUCGUCAUGGUACUCUUCCAUCUUCACAAAACUUCAACUGAGAGUUCAUGCCAAGGCUUCUUCCAUGUAGAGGACCAUAUCUCUGAAUUCUUUAUUGGUUACUGGGAAGACAUAUUUGGUUCUAACAGUAAUAUAAAGAAAAGAGGAGCAGAUGGCAGAGGCAUCUUAGCGGGUCUGCAGGACGUCUUGUUACAACACCCACAGUAUUUUGUCAAAGGUCCAGAAAGUCUAGGUGAUGGAGAGUGGUACAAGCUUUCUGCUAUAAAGCCACCUGCUCAGCUUCUCCACACCAAUUCCUGCCUUGACAGUAAAACCAAUGAAGCAUGUGAAGAAGUUGCAAGUGCAAAUGGUGAGACCACAUCUACAAGGAAGAGGUGUCGAGAAGAUAGAGAUGUGGAUUCUCCAAAACCGUCACCGCUUAAGAAAGGAAUGUCAAGCUUGAGUGAGGACUUCACGAUAACUGAUCCAACAGAUGAGAUAAUUAUUGGCAGUAAUAAUGAGAGCCCAGGUCAGGUUACUGUGAAGCAGGAGCCUGAGUACAAGGAGGAGGAGGAAGUGUUUGUUGCCGAAUUUACUGGAGAAGAUGAAAGUUCAGUUGAUCCUUUUGCCGAUAUUGAUGGGGACCAAACAAUAAUGCCAUCGGCAAUUUUAUCUGAUGAUGUAACACAUUCAGCUGCAGAAAAUCUAAACGAAUUUUCAAGUUCCCAGUUAGUUAAAGUUUUCUCAGAGAAACCAUCUCGAUUAAUUAAGCCCAAAGUAAUCAGUGCUCCUCAGCCACAGAUUAUUUCUUCUGAUGGCCCAAACAACAUAGAAUGUGUCGGUGAUAAUGAUCGAGACGUACGUGUUACACGACAUUUUGAUUCUUCAUGGCACUUGGUUGAAGAUAUGCUACCUGGGAUGUUUUCUCAUAAAGUGAUAAACUAUGAAUACAUACCUGAAAUCAGUCUACCAGGCUUCAAUAUGAUAGCUGAUAGCACUGUAUCAACCAAAGAAGAUAUCUUACUCUGGCUCCGAGAGUUCAGUAAACGCACACAGACGUGUUGGAUGCCUCGGGCCUGUGUGAUGGGAUCCUCAUACCCCAUUACACACAGAGCGAUGUAUGUAUGCCUUGGUUCUUCAAAAACUGAAAAAGAUAAGAGUAGAGUGACUCCAAGAUGCAAAGCCUUUAUUAACAUUAAAUUAUAUGAGAGAGAUAUUCUAAGGGAAGUGAAUAAUAGAUCAGCAGGCUUUUUAUCCAGAAUCUCCCUUUCAUACGUUCAUAAUCAUUCAGUAAUGUUUAAAGAAGCAUUACAAUAUAAAAGUGUCAAAAAAGAAAUAGUGGAAAUGUUCCGUAAGUAUUUUUGCGAGGGUAACAGUGCCACGAGUGCACACCACUACCAUGAGGCUAGGUUGUGGCUUAGAGACUCUGCAUCCCAGUUACUGAUUGACAACUCCAUUAACCCAAAGAUACAAACAAUAAAGUACAUGAGGGAGCAUUGGGGAAAACAAAAUGCUGCUACAGUUAAAAACACUAAAGUUCAUGGAAAGGGUGGUGACACAUUGUUUAAUGCAGUUUGUGAAAAAGUUGAAGAACUGAGCCGUGAAAGAAAGGUUCAGUAUUUUAUAGUUAAAGUUCCUUUUUCUGUCGCUUUAGUGACUCCCAUGAUGAAGCGAGUUCACAGCAUUCCAGAAGCCUCACUAAUUAUGUUUGCAAACACUGUCAAUGGUUGUGGUGAAGAUAGGUGUAGUAUUACAUAUUUUAUGUGUGCUUCUGUAGCAGGAGUCUUGCCUCUUGGUGUAGUUAUUGUGAGUAACCCAACUUGUAGUGCAUUUAAAGUUGCCUUCAGAAACUUAGUCACAACUAUAGGUGAAACUGCAUUUGGAGGUAGAGGGUCUCCAAUGGUGAUAAUUAGUGAUGGUUUUGAACCCCAAAGGGAUGCAUUAAAAAACUGUUUUCCUUUUAGUCAUGUAUUAUUGUGUGUUACACACCUUGUUCGCUCUGUUUGGAGAUGGCUAACUGAAGAUUCUAAUCACAUUAAAGAAAAUCACCGUGUAACUUUAAUGAAUCUUGUAAAAAAUGUUUUAUACGCAUCAUCACCUGAUGAGAGCAUACUGUCUUAUAAGGUGUUAUUAGAAGACAGUACUUCAAAACAAUACAAGGUAUUUCAUACAUAUUUAGCAACGUUAUGGUACAGGAGAAGUGAAGUUGGCUUGGUGUACAAAUUGCCUAUUAAUAACAAGGAUUUUAUUGAAUUAUCUAGAAGAACAUUUAUUGAUGCUAUUCUAACAAAAUGCCAGGCAUUCAACACACUACCAAUGAUGAAUUAUGUUUGCAUAGCUGUGGAGGAGUGCUUUCAGAGCAGAAUUUCAGAAUUUAUUGAAAAUACAGCAUCUCAGCUUACCUUCUUAAAGUGCAUGGAUGGAAACAUCUUACCGGAGACUAACACUGUAAAAUCAUCUUACAAGGUGCGAAGUUUGCAUGAUGAGGAAACUUGGUUCACUGUGGACUGUGAAGCAUCAGUGUGUUCUUGUUUAUCUGGAGGUCUAGGAGGCUUGUGUGAACACCAGCGAGCAGUGUGGAAGAUGCAGAACACACAGCUUCCUUCACCACCAGAGAUAGAUGCUGCAGGCAAGCUUCAGUUGGCAGAAAUAGCGUUUGGAGAAGUUGGUUACCAAAGUUUCAACAGAACGGAAUAUGAUUUCACAAUUAAAGCUCUGAAAAAAAAUUUGGCUAGAUUAGAAACUAUUGCUAGCCAAAAUAUUACAAAUUCUUUUAUCGGGAAAAUGAAGCAGAUGAACCAAGCAUUAGAAAAAAUUACUUCUCUUAAUGAAUUAGGAACUUUUUGUGAGGUGGUAGCAAACUCCCAGGCUCAUAUGCAGAUAAGUUUAAAUAUAUUGCCACCUCAAACAAAUUUGGUACAACCACAAGCAAACAUUGUGCAACCUCAAGCUAAUAUGGUACAGUCACACACUAACAUGAUGCAACCACAACCAAAUCUUGUGCAACCACAUUCUAAUAUUGCACAAACACAGGCUAGUAUUGUGCAACCGCAAACAACUUUUAUACAACCGCAAGUAAAUGUUGUUCAUACACGGGCCAGUUUUGCUCGGUCCCAAACUAGUCUUGUACAGGCACAAACAAAUCUUCUGCAGGCACAAAAUAAUAUUGUACAAACACAAACUAGCCUUGUACAGCAGCAAACUGGCCUUGUACAGCCUCAUGCUAGUCUUAUACAGCCCCAAGCUAGCAUCGGACAGUCCCAAGUCAAUAUUGUGCAGCCACAAACUAGUAUUAUACAACCACAAACACGUACAAGAAUAAACCCAAUACAAUUUUUGGUUGUGCAACCCAUAAAUAAAUGCUGAAGAAAGUAGAAAGUGAAUUGUCAAUUCAUAACUUGUGAAUUUAGGUGAACAAAGCACAGUAUAUAUGAACAUAUUGUAUUGAACAAGUAUAUGUGAACAUAUUGAGUACAGUGUAUGUGAACAAAGCCUGGAUGUCAACUUAUACAUUUAUUCAUUAAUUUUAAAUGCAAGCUUUUAUACUUUGUAAUGAAUUAUUAAAAUUUUGUCUACACACUGUAUUCAUAUCACCAGUGUUGACUUAUCUUUUUACAAUGGCUGUUGAAAUGACAAAUGAAACUACUGUAAAUACUGUAAUUGGAUAAUUUUUUGGAUUUGGAGGUUGUGCCAUUUGUACGGACUAAAUUCAUGUGAUUUAAAAAUAGUAAAAGUCGGUGCAUUUAUUUAAUGCAAAAAAUCAAGAUUUAAUAAACUUGUUUUCAAAGUUA